UCGUCAGAUAUACAAAUAAACAUCAUAGACAAUUUACCCACUUCUACAGAGUACCCACCCUACGUGUACUUUUUUACUGAUGAUAAUAAACGUAAUAAUUUAAGUUUAUGAUUGAUAGUUUCGUUGCGUAUCUGAUACUCCGUUUUCCUACUCCAUAAGUGUUGAAAUUGAUAUGUGUUAUAAUUUCUUGAGGCAAUCAACAGUCAGUAGGACGUAAACAAUAUCUCGACUUGAGAAGUUGUAGCUCUUAUCAAUUAGUAAAAACAGAGGGACCUGCAGCUGCAAAAGAUUAAAAUUGUGUAAAAAAACAGCCGAGAUUUUUUGUAAUUUGUUCGUUCCAGUGUUUGUCGAUUGACUAAUUUUUCUGGCACAAGAUGGAUGACGAAGAUCAGUACCAAACUGGUUACGAUGUAGGCUCUUUUCCUAAAGAUUUUGGAUACACUCCUUUUGAUGGUGAAGCUGAAGGCACAACAGGACCAUUAACAGGGGAUCAAAAACCUAGAAUUCUCUUAAUGGGCCUCAGGAGAAGUGGAAAAUCGUCUAUUCAAAAAGUUGUAUUCCACAAAAUGUCACCAAAUGAAACGCUAUUUUUGGAGAGUACAAAUAAAAUCAUCAAAGAUGAUAUUUGUAACUCAAGUUUUGUGCAAUUUCAAAUCUGGGAUUUUCCAGGACAAAUUGAUUUUUUUGAUCCUACAUUCGACAGCGAUAUGAUUUUUGGAGGCUGCGGUGCUUUAGUCUUUGUAAUUGAUGCUCAAGAUGAUUACAUGGAAGCACUAAAUAAACUACAUAUGACAGUAUCUAAAGCUUACAAAGUUAAUCAGGCAAUAAAAUUUGAAGUUUUUAUCCACAAAGUUGAUGGUCUAUCAGAUGAUUACAAAAUGGAAACUCAAAGAGACAUACACACCAGAGCUAAUGAUGAUUUAGUAGAUUCAGCUUGUGAUCAAAUACACUUGAGCUUCCAUUUAACUUCGAUCUAUGAUCAUAGUAUAUUUGAAGCUUUCAGUAAGGUUGUACAGAAAUUAAUUCCCCAACUGCCAACAUUGGAGAAUUUAUUAAACAUUCUUAUUUCGAACUCAGCAAUUGAGAAAGCAUUUCUCUUUGAUGUUGUUUCAAAAAUUUACAUUGCAACUGAUAGUUCUCCUGUUGACAUGCAGAGUUAUGAGUUAUGUUGUGAUAUGAUCGAUGUUGUAAUAGAUGUCUCUUGCAUAUAUGGUUUAAGAGAAGAAGCAGCAGCUUUUGAUAGUCAAAGUUCCAGUUUGAUAAAGCUGAACAACGGCACCAUUUUGUACUUGCGGGAAGUCAACAAAUUUUUAGCUCUUGUAUGUAUUUUAAGAGAAGACAACUUCGAAAGACAAGGAGUGAUCGAUUACAAUUUUCUCUGUUUUCGCAACGCCAUUCAACAAGUUUUUGAACUUCGAAACAAAGCUCUAGCAGCAGCAAACUCAGCCUCAAGUCCUUCAAAUGCAGCCAACCACUCAGCAUCUCCGGACAGUACUAAUCUUAUCAUUCAGCAUCAAGACACUAAUGUUCCAGGCCCAAGUAUGAUUCAGCCACUACAACCUUCCACUACCACAAAUGGGGCUACUACCCUUGCACCAAAUGGUGCGAUAAGUGCAUUAGCCCAAAGCUAACCAAACCAGUAUAUCACUGCUGCUAAUAUUAAUUCUAGAUUCGACUUUCGUGGCAGUGAAACUCUUUAAAUAAAUGAUUGGGCUGAAUUUGCAACAAACAUCUUAACGCAUUUGUUUCAUGAAUCAAUGAAUUUUUGUUUUGUAUCUUAUUUGUGAAUAUCCUAUUCUAUAAUUUUAUGUAAAUAGAAAGAAUUGCUUUGAUAAUGAUCACCGAUGAAAAGCAAUCAUUGUUGUAUGUCUUUAGUACACUGUUCAUUAUGUUGUUAAUUUUUUUCCUGAAUUGUAUAAUAAUGCUGAAAGAAAUUUUGCGCUAGAUUGAACAAAAAAAUAUUGAACAUGUGUAAAUAAAUAUUAAAAACGGGAUUUUAUAGUCUCACAAGCAAUCAUUUAAAAAGUGAUUGCUUAAAAUGUUUGUAAAUUAUUUUAAUAACUAAUAAAUCGAAAACGAUUGAUAAAUCUUGUGGGACCCAAAAAA